AUGAGUGCAGGGUGCCUGGCUGAGAAGAGCAUCCCAUGUGGCAAAUGAGGAAAUUUGCAAGUUUCUGGUUCCAAGGUGUUACCUGGCUUGGGAGAAGGUUGUGAAGAAAUGUGGCUUCCAAAGGUAAUCUACGGAGGUGAGGUCCGGGGGAAGUCCCCAGAGCCUGAGUUCUCCUCACUGGUGAACCUGUCGAGUUGGAAAAUUAACAAUUUGAUGUCAGCUGUCCACAGUGAUGAGGCUGAUGUGCUGUCCUGUGUUCUGUUUGAAGAACUGAUGCGGUGUGACAAAGAUUCCAUGCCAGACGGCUGUCUGUCAGAGGAGGAAAGACUGUUUCUCUCGUAUUUUCCUUUGCACAAAUUUGAGCUAGAACAGAACAUCAAAGAACUUAACAUCCUUGCGGACCAAGUUGACACCACUCACAAGUUGCUGACCAAGACCAGCCCGGUGGCCAGCUCUUCUGGGGCUGUUUCUGGGGUCAUGAGCAUCCUGGGUUUGGCCCUAGCACCUGUGACAGCAGGAGACAGUCUCGUGCUCUCAGCAGCUGCGACAGGGUUGGGGGCAGCAGCUGCCAUCACCAACAUAGUAACAAAUGUUUUAGAAAAUAGGAACGAUUCAGCAGCAAGAGACAAAGCCAGCCGACUGGGGCCUCUGACGACAUCACAUGAGGCUUUUGGAGAAAUAAAUUGGUCUGAAAUCGGGGCUGCUGGCUUUUGUGUUGACAAGUGUGUAAAAGCCAUCAAGGGCAUCAGGGACCUUCGUGCCUACCAGAUGGCCAAAGCCAACUCUGGGUUCAUGGCUAUGGUCAAGAAUUUUGUGGUCACAAGACACAUCCCUUUCUGGAGGGCUAGAGGGGUGCAGAGAGCCUUUGAGGGCACAACUCUGGCCAUGACCAAUGGUGCCCGGGUGAUGGGUGCUGCUGGGGCUGGCUUCUUACUUCUGAAAGACAUGAGCAGCGUCCUGCAGAGCUGGAAGCACCUGGAGGAUGGGGCAAGGACAGAGACAGCAGAGGAACUGAGGACACUUGCUAAGAAGCUGGAGCAGGACCUGGACUGGCUCACUGAGCGCCACCGGCACCUGCUGCAGAAGGCAAGCUGAACCUGUUCCAGCUGCCGGGGAAGGGCUGUUCGAGGAUCCCGUGUGGUUAAACCAGAAGGGUCUCGCUCACCUCUCCCCUGGCCUGUCGUGGAGCACCAGCCUAGUCUGGGCCCUGGCGGGACACCGAGAAUACCAAAGAGGACAGUCUCUGCCCCAAGGACACUUGGCCACCAGCCAGCCCCACCAGCACCAGGCCCCGGGAAGACACCGACAGCGAGAAGAGUGGGUCACCCUGUCACCAUUGAACCUUCACUUAACAGAGGCAAAAUGCAAGUCUUUGAUGAAGAAUAA